GAACGUUGCUGGGAAGGUCAUGUACUUUCUCCCACUACCGCCCACUCUCCUUCCUUGUCGUCUCGCCCAUCAUGUCCGGCUUCCAGCAUGCCGGCGUGACGAAGGGUAUCAUGGUCGUUCUCGGCAUCACGACGCUGACAAUCUCGCUCCUCGGCGCCAAGCCCUACGCUCACCUACAACUCGUUCCCCACAUCACAAAGUACCGCCAGUACUGGCGAGCACCGUUGCAUCCAUUCGCUUUCGCCAAUAGCACCGAGCUCCUUGUUGGCGAGCUGCUACUAUACAACAUCGGGCGGGGUAUAGAACGCUCCUUUGGCGGACGCAAGUUUGCCUCCUUUGUUGUAGUGAGCACGGCGAUGAGUGCAGCACUCUGCUUCGUCACUCUCGUGCUCCUGCAUCGUUUUGGCCUCAACGCCGUCCCCGCUGGCCCGUAUGGCCUCAUCUUUUCAUUGCUGUGGCAAUAUGCCCGCACCGUCCCCUCGCUCUACACUUUCAAGGUAUGCGGCGUGCCUUUCACCUCCAAGAUGUUCGUAUACAUCCUCGCCGCGCAGCUCGCAUCAAGCUGGAUGCCUGGCUCCAUCCUCGCCGCCUUCGCCGGCCUUCUUACGGGCUAUCUCUACCGAACAGACACGCCAUUCCUUCUCCCCUCACUUAAUCGUCCGCGCCGUCUUUGGCGCCCUCUCAAGGCUUAUCGCAUCCCAGAAUCUGUCUUCCGCCUUCUCGAGCGUCUCUUCGCCCCUCUCAUCGGCUCAAGUACCGCUCCACGCCGCUCAUCUAGAGUCCUGCCUGGCCAGGUGCGCGAUGGGCGCGAGGAGUUUGAAGGGGGCAUCCGCGGUCUCCUCGCUGCCCGCGCUGGACUGAACACGCCCGCGAGGGCGCCAGAGACUGGCACCCCCGAGACGCCGGGCGGCGGCGGAGCGCGCGCUGCCGUGGGCGAGUGGGUCACGGGACGGGGCGGGGCGCGGGCUCCGACAGAGGCCGAGAUCACAGCAAUCUCGAGCAUGUUCCCCAAUUUGAGCCGCGACGCCAUUGUGCAAGCCCUCCAACGACACGACUACAACACGGCGCUCGCGGUCGAGGCACUGCUCGAGCAAGGAGGGUAGAGUUUGAUAGACCAGGUAUCGUGAUGCUGGGUAUGAUAGAGCGUCGUGGGUGGGUAUGAUGGCCGUGGAGGGAAGGUGGAGCUGGUGGCCGACGGAGAAGUGGCGUGUCACUUCUU